AAGGUUCAUCAUUAGAUUAGACUGUUACUUUCACACAUUCACCUUGUGAGAAUAACGGUCAGCAUUGAAACUGAGGUCACCAACACAUGUUGUCAAGGGGAGGAGGCGAAUAUUUUCCUCUCAUUCUUCCUCUUUCUGCAGACUAUGAACCAGCCAAGCACUCGAUGGAAGCCUGACUAGCUGCUCUGUGUAGAUCUGAGAUUCUGAAGACUUCUAAAAUUAAGUCUGAGGCUGCCUACAAAUAGACAGUUUAUUGGAGGCUGAAGCCUGCUUGGGUGAGAUCUGGGUGGUUAAAAAAAUCCAUGAGCUGGCUCCAUCAUGGAGGCAAUCGGCAAGUUCGACUUCACCGCCACGGCCGAUGAUGAAAUGAGCUUCAAGAAAGGAGACGUAAUUAAGAUUUUGGGCACUAAGGAUAACUGGUUCAGAGCUGAAAGACAUGGUCUGCAGGGCUUCGUUCCAAGAAAUUACAUUACCCUCGACAUCCCCAGCUGGUAUCAGGAGGAAAUGAGUCGUCGGGCAUCUGAGAACGCUCUCAUGCCCCAACCAAUAGGAUCGUUUAUCAUUCGUGGCAGCCAGAGCUCUCCGGGAAACUUCUCCAUCUCUGUCAGGCAUGAGGCAGACGUGCAGCAUUUUAAGGUGCUCCAGGACACCAGAGGGCAGUAUUAUCUAUGGACUGAGAAAUUCAGCUCUCUAAAUGAACUGGUGGACUACUACACAGUCAAUUCUAUUUCCAAACAGAGCUCCAUACGCCUCCUCUCUGAGCAGCCGGAGAGAAGACAAAAGAUAGAAGACAUGCAGAGCAGACCUCUCCCUCGUCCUGCAGAGCCUCUUCCAACUCCACAUAACCACUUAAACUCUGCUUCAGAUCCCUGGCCGGUUCAUCAGGAGAGAAGAAAUAAAAUAGAAAAGGUGCAGAGCAGACCUCUCCCUUGUCCUGCACAGCCUCUUCCAACUCCACAGGAGAGAAGACAUCAGAGUGGACCAUCAGGGCCACCAGGCCCACCUCCUCGUCCUGCAGAAACGCUUCCACCUCCACAGGCAUCACUGAUAAAGGUUAAGGCUCUGUAUGACUUCAUAGCCGAGGAGCAGGAUGAGCUGAACUUCAGUGCCGGCGAUAUUAUAGAAGUUGUGGACCAACCAGAAUCCUUCUGGUGGGUUGGACAGCUACGAGGGAGGACCGGACUCUUUCCCACCAACUACAUCACUCCUUUAUGAGUGCAUACAGUCAGAAUCAUAUGUGUGGCUAUUUGUGUUUAUUUAAUUUAUCCCAGGUGUCUUUCUUGAGUGUUACUUUUACGCAGAAUUCAGAGAUUUUGUGUUAGUUGUCCUGCCUUCCAAAUAAACAGUUUCAUCAUUU